AUGACGAUUCCUCCUCUCUCAGCGGCCUCCCCUCUUAGCAACACGCUAACAGGGUUCCUGCUCGGCAUCGUCACAGUCGUGGGCUUCCAUGCAUGUCUGUAUCUGGGGGCCUAUUGGUUCUUUGCCAAGCAUCUCUACCGUGACUACGAGAUCAAGCGACUUUCUAUCCAGAACCUUUUCUCGGCCACAUUCACCGUGUGCGUAUCUAUGCUCCAGCUUCUGCUGCUUGAACUGCUUCACAUCCUCAACCCAACUGUGAGGAAGUGGGUUUGGAAUAUCGACCUUGUGUGCGUCUUGUUGCUGUUGUACCUUAUUUUGCCUGUCUUCAUCGUCUACAAUCUUCUUGUUCCAGAACAAGAUAUCUUCAGAAUUCCCGACCUGGCGUCUGCCUUCCCUCGGUUACAAAGUCUGAACCUUCCGGGUUUCUCAAUUGCAUCUCUCAGCAUUCCUACCUCCUUGCCGCUCCCGGCGUCGCUGAACUUCCCGUCCUCCUUGAGUCAGCACUCGCGAGGCAAACUUUCCGCUCUUCUCCCCCACUCUCCGAUCCCCUGGCACCAGUGGGUCUUGGUGGCCCUCGGCUGCGCUGUUUUUCUUCCUUUUCUCUGGUCCUGUUUCUACCAGUCGGGGAGAUUUUUGCACCUCGAUCCGGCGAUCCUCGCUUCCCUCUCCUACACGGAGUGUCUCCUCGCGUAUGUUGGUGUCUGUGGCGUCACUGUGGUGUCGGCGCUGGCCGGCUUUGGGUCUGUGAAUUACCCCUACAAGAACAUCACGGCCUUCCUCUCUCCUGUUUCUCAGGAGCAGGUUGCGGAGGUUGAGCAGCGCUUACUGCAGACUCUCACAUUGAUUGCAGAGAAGAAGAAGAAACGGAAACAGCUGCAACAAUCUCUGACCCGACCUGGUCGGUCCUCCCACUGGCCCACGCCUACCACAGGCCUUCAUCCGGCGGGCUCCGCAUGCUCCUCACGAGCUCUCUUUGAUGCACGGACUAGUGGAAAGGCGAGCAAUGGAUUUCCGGAACGAGACGGAGUUACCGUAUUCGUUCAUGGUGGCGCUGCGUCUUCUGAGGCCAUGUGUGCCCUCAGUAGCUCUGGCAGCGACAUGGAGACGGGGAGUUUGCCGAAAAGAGGAGAGCGGCAUCCGGAUGGCUUAUUCGUACAGGGUGAUCGAGUUGGCGCCGAUUGUGGUGCACGCAGCGACGGAGCACAGUCGCUGAAUAUAGUGAGGGUCGCGGCAGCUCUGAGGGGGCAAGCGGCGGAGAAGGAAUGCGAACAACUCCAAAUUGUCUCUCCUUACCUCUCUCUUCUCUUACUCGGAUGGAUCAUCGCGUUGACAAUUCGAGGGUUCAUUGAGAAAUUGCUUGCUGUGUUUCGCUACGUCUCCACGUCGGUGUCCAGCAAUGUUUUUGCCCUAGUUAUGUCUGAAAUUAUGGGUUUCUACUUCUCCGCGUGCGUCCUGCUUACGCGUGUGUACUUGCCCCAGUCGUAUAGAGACGCGGUGACUGAGAUUAUUGCUCCAUCCCUUGAUUUCAGAGUCUUCCAUCUCCACUUUGAUCGCGUCUUCCUCCUCUCUUCAUUGACUUCUUUGGGAAUCAUCAUGCUUUCUCACAAACACACUCUUGAAAAGUUCAAAAGUCUUUGA